AUUUGACACGAGUCGUUUCGGUUGUUGUGUCUGUGUGUGCAGAGCACGCGAAGCGACGGGAUCUGUUCAUUGCUCGACAGCUGCCCCCGGAUAAUGAUUGACAGAAGCCAGGUUUCUACGCGUUCAAAACAUAUGUAAUAUUUACCGUAAUAUGUUCUCACCGUUAUGUUCCCAAGGUUGCCGAUUUAAGAUUGAAUGGGCAUUCAGGUUAGCGUAUCCGUAAACAGCAAGCUAACGUUAGCCAGUGUGACAUGUUGUUGUUAACGUACAGACGUUGCUUCAACCGGGAAUAGAAAGGCCACUAUCUUCACUGAACGGCAUCAGCGUGGUAAACGGGAAGCGUGGUAGACGUAAACGGGAUUAACGCUAACGUUUCAAAAUGAGCGAAGACGACAGCAACACUGGCAGUCAAGCCAGCAACAAAGACAAUGCAAAUUCCAGUGGCAGGGAGAGCCGAAACCUUGUGACUCCACACGACCAAGACAACUUAUUCGAUAUGGAUGAUCAGGACGAGGAGAGCGAUGCUUUGGAAACCUCGGACCCACGAGACAGUGCUGCCAGCCCCGAGGAAAUGAACGACGACGAAGGGUUUGGCGAUAACGAGAACGUAUCGAAGAAGUGCACGUACAGCGGAUGCACAGAAACCACGACGCAGGUGGCCAAAGCACGCAAACCAUGGAUGUGCAAGAAACACCGUAACAAAAUGUACAAAGACAAAUACAAGAAAAAGAAGAGUGACCAGGCUAUGUCAUCCGGAAAAAUGGAUGAGAGUGGAGAAGACAGACCUGUCUCAGUCAACAAACAGCGUCUGGGGACAAUGGGUGACCGUCCGGCCAGACCUUCGCUCAUUGAACAGGUUUUAAAUCAGAAAAGACUGUCUCUGUUUCGGAGUCCUGAAGUCAUCAGCUUUCUACAACAGCAGCAGAGGCUCCUGACGACCCAGGCACAAGUCAAAUCACAGUCGGACUAUUGAGGCACGGACAAGAGAGCCGCCUUCUGUUCUGUUCUGUUCUGUUCUGUGGUAUGUCUGACUGUGUGGCGCUUGCUGCCUCGUUGCAUCUCCUGGGAAUUUCACCCAGUCAAGCCCUCGAAGAGUUUGGCAUCACGAGAAAUCCAGUUGAAUUUUUUUCAUUUGACACGAGCGGAGCACCAAGGACAGUGAUCUCUUGUUAUAUUGAUACUGCAGUAUUACCAAGGAUGGAUCCAGGUUGGCAAAGGCAGAGUGUAUUGCUGUGUGUGUGUGUGUGCGUGUGUCUGUGUCUGUUGUUUUUAUCAUCUUUUGCAAUGCAACCAGCGUGAAGACUGUUUACACUUUUUUUAAAAUGUUGUCCUGCGAGCUGCAUCAUGAGACUGCAUGUGAUCAUGAAAAAAGUGGGAAUCAUAACCGGCUAUGAUUGAAUACAGAAACCAGACUCGCAUGAACAAGCCGUGAAGAAACACUGUUGGCAGCUAGUGAUGAUAUACCUGUAAUACCAUGGUGCUUGUUCACUGGACAUUUUGAAGUACCUAUAACGGGGGAUUUUAAAAGAAAAAAAACCUGAACGUAUAAGUGUCUGCAUUCUUUUACUGUGGACAAUACUUUUUUAUUUGUAUCCGCCAGUACCAGUAUGCACAGGCAAAGGCUCUGUAUGUCAGUUUUGAGGAGAAAAAAAGAGUUGGAUUUCAGCCAUUAUUAUUUUUUCGUACAUUGUGUGUUGCUUGAUGUACAGUAGAUACAUUGAAAUCAUGUUGUGAAAUAUUUGUGUGAUUUUGCUGUUAAACAGUCAUGAGCUUGUGAAAGCCACUGAUGGGUUGGUUCGUUUACACCUGUAAGCAUUCACUGAUGGCAGCCUUCUUUACCCUCAGUGGCACCUCAAUAAGAAGAAUGAAUUCAAGUUCCUGAUAUGGGAAAAAAUAAAACAUAAAGACUGUUGUCAAUGACACUGA